GCAGAAUGGCGCCAGUUCUCUCGUGUGUCCUGCCGGGGUAUUACGAAGCAACCUGAACCAAUGCAUCGGCCCCGAGCAGCAGAAUGAGCUCAGCAUAGCAUGGGCCAACCCUGCUGUCACCAAAAUCCCACGUUCGACUUCAUUCACCUCUGCCAGGCACGAUGGACCUGACGGCGACACAAUGGCUCUUUGAGACACGUGCCCUUCGUGUGCUCCUCAGCAUAGUGCUGUCGGCGUCUCUGGCCUGGUACCUUCUCGGCCGCAGCCAACGCCGUCGUGCCGAGGAGCGCUUUGCCGCUGAGCGAGGGUGCCUGCCGCCAAAGAUAUGGAACUCGACCUGGCCCCUUGGCCUGGACAUGCUGCUCAAGGCUCUCAAGUACGCCAGGACUGAGCAGAUCCUACAGUUCUUCCUCGAGGUCGUCGACGACAAUGGCACCACGUUUGUCCAGGAGCUACUGGGUGCCACCGGCAUCGAUACGGUGGACCCGGAGAACAUUGAGGCCGUCCUCUCCACCAACUUCGAAGACUAUGGCCUCGGUCUGCGAGCCCCGCACUUCAAACCCCUCCUCGGCAGCGGCAUCUUCACCCAGGACGGCGCGCCGUGGAAGCACUCGCGGGCCCUGCUGCGGCCACAGUUCGCCGCCAACCGGUCCCAGAACUUCGAGCAGAUCAAGAGCUGCGUCCAGGACCUCAUCGACGCCAUCCCGGGCGACGGAAGCACCGUCGACCUCCAGCCGCUCUUCUUCAAGCUGACCUUCGACACGACCAUGUUCCUUCUCUUCGGCGACUCGGUGCUGGACCUCGACUGGGGCAAGGUCGCGGGCCAGGAGUCGUCCUUCGCGCAGGCCUUCAACCUCGCCCAGGACUACCUCGCCCACCGCGGCCGCCUCGGCCAGUUCUACUGGCUGCUCAACGACAGGACCUUCCGCGACGCGUGCAGGAGGUGCCACCAGUUUGUGGACGAGGCGGUGGACAAGGCACUGCGGCGGCCGGGCAGCAGCAGCGGCAGCGGCAGCGCGCAGGACAUGGGCAAGGGGGAACUACGUAGCAAUUACUCGUUCAUUGACGCACUGGCGGAGCAGACGCAGGACAGGAAGGUGCUGCGGGACCAGUGCUUCAACGUGCUGCUCGCGGGCCGCGACACCACUGGGUGCUGCCUGUCCUGGUCGAUGAGGCUCCUGGCCCGCCACCCACAGGUUCUCCAGCGCCUGCGGGACGAGGUCGCAAGCGUCUGCGGCCUGGGCCCUGGCUCGCAGCCGCCGUCGCGGGAUGACCUGAAGCCCGCGCGGAUGCCAUACCUGAGUCUCGUAGUCAAAGAAGUACUCCGACUAUACCCCUCCGUCCCCGUCAACUCAAGAGAAGCCAUCCGCCCGACCACGCUCCCCGUGGGCGGCGGGCCCAACGGCAGGGCGCCCAUCCUCGUCCGGCCGGGCCAGGCGGUCGGCUACUGCGUGUACGCGAUGCACAGGCGGAAGGACAUCUACGGCGACGAUGCCGAGGCGUUCCGGCCCGAGCGGUGGGAGGAGCUGAAGGACGUGGGCUGGGCGUACCUCCCCUUCAACGGCGGGCCCCGCCUCUGCCUGGGCCAGGACUUUGCGCUGCUCGAGGUCUCAUACGCGCUGUGCCGCCUGGUCCAGGUGUUCCCGCGCAUCGCGGUGCCGGCCUCGGAGGAGGGGCAGCCGCACGUCGCCGUCGGGAUGGAGAGGCAGGCCCUGACGCUGGUUGUCGCCAGCGCGGACGGGUGCCGCGUAUCCCUGGGGUGAUAAUAACACCUGCCGCCGAUAGCCAGUGAGCUAGUUAGACAGGUUAGACAAUGUUCUGUGCACACCUCGGCGAAACAAGCGAGUCGGCCCACUCCAGUCGCGUGUAUGUGACGUGACAGGCGCGCCGCCGUGGGUCGAUUGUGUCGCCCGAGGCGCCGGCGCGAUGGCCUGACCGAUACCGAUCGCGAUGCUCGCGGUGGCUGGCUGGCUGCCCCUACGGGGCAGGGUGAAACAAAUGUCGUUGGUGGGCACAGACGCUUGCCGCCAGGGGCCCUGAUUCCCCCCCAGACGCCAAGGCGCAAUGCGCCCGCCCCGCGGGGACGCUGCGGCAGCAGCAGGACUAGUAUAAGCUUUGCAUAUGUAUGUAGGAGGGAUCCUCAUAUGGUGGGUGGGGUGGGUCUCGUUUUGAAGCAGGAUAGUCGAAUGAUGAGUAAGUUAGUUGAGGUCGCUCCUGAAUCGAAACAGUUGCCAGUCAUCACAAUUUUGUUGAGUAUCUGGGUACGUAAUUGCUGGGGGAUAUCAUAGGGUUUCCUUUGUCCCCCAGGCAGAUAGAUACAUGGCUGGGCUAAUAAUGUCAUGGAGGCUCUUGUCUUGA